CGCAUUAGCCCCGCCCCACUGACUGUAUCCCUGCCUCCCGAGGACAGCUGCUGGUUGUCCGGCAGCUGCUGUCUGCGUUGCACAUGCGCGGUCUGUCCCCGGCGGCAAUUACCAUGACACAGGCGGAGAAGGGAGAACCGGAGAACGGUAGAGAGAAAGAGAAGGAGCAGCGCGGCGUGAAGAGACCAAUCGUGCCAGCAGCCAUCCCCGAGCCCCUGCAGGAGCAUAUACAGAGUGACUACAUCUUAGUGGUGCAUCCGGGAUCCAACACCCUGCGCAUUGGCCGAGCCACAGACACUCACCCAGCAGGGAUACCUCAUGUCAUUGCCAGGAGGCACAAACAGCCAGGACAGCCCACCUACUGUGACAAGUGGCUCCUCAGGGAGGGCUUAAAUAAACAUGAAAGUAAUGAGCAGAGACAAAAUGGCCUCAAAAUGGUGGAUCAGGCAAUCUGGUCCAAAAAGAUGUCUAAUGGGACAAGGCGUAUCCCAGCAGUGCCAGAACAGGCUCGAGUCUACAAUAAACAAAUCAGACCGGCUAUAUUGGAUCACAAUUCUGGAGUAAAAUGGACAAGCACUUCUCAUCACCCUGAGUAUCUUAUAGGAGAAGAGGCAUAUUUUGUUAAUCCAACAGAGGGCUAUAAUGUUCACUAUCCCAUUCGGAGGGGCCAGCUAAAUACUCAUGGUGGACCAGGAGGCUCGCUCACCGCUGUACUGACGGAUCUGGAAACCAUCUGGGCACACGUCAUACAGAAAUUGUUAGAAAUACAGUUGAAAGACUUGAAGUAUUACAGAUGUAUAUUACUCAUUCCGGAUAUAUAUAACAGACAGCAUGUGAAAGAGAUGGUUAACAUGGUCCUCACGAAGAUGGGAUUUUCAGGUGUGAUCGUCCAUCAAGAGUCAGUGUGCGCAGUCUAUGGGAGUGGUCUCAGCAGCGCAUGUGUCAUUGAUGUUGGGGAUCAAAAGACCAGUGUCUGUUGUGUAGAGGAUGGGAUAUCGCAUAGAAACACCAGAUUGUGUCUUGCGUAUGGUGGUUCUGAUGUCACACGGUGCUUGUACUGGCUCAUGCAGAGAGCUGGGUUCCCAUACAGAGAGUGUCAGCUGGCUAACACACUGGACUCCCUUCUCCUGCAGCAGCUUAAAGAGACAUACGCACACCUGGACCAGGAUGUUUGUGGACUGCAGGAUCACGAAUUUCAGGUGCGGCACCCAGAUUCCCCAGCCUUGUUGUACCAAAUGAGAUUGGGAGAUGAAAAACUUCAGGCCCCAAUGUCACUGUUCUAUCCAGCCACGUUUGGAAUUGCAGGCCAGAAAAUGACCCACUUACAGCGCAGAUCUCAGGGAGACCCAGAAGAUCCCCAUGAUGAACAUUAUCUGCUGGCAACACAGAGCAAACAGGACCAGUCUUCUAGGGCAGCCGCUGACCGUAAGGGCAUGCCCAAGCCCGGUAUGUUUGAUGAUCCACGAGGACAGGCCCUGGAUGUUUCGGAAAGAGGACAUAUGCUGGAAGCAGAGCUCGGGCCCUCUCAGAGUGACUGUAUGGGGUCUGGAAAUGAUGGAGAAGAGGCAUCUGCAGCCUUAUUCUCCAGGAAAAGCAUAGUAUCUCAAUUUGAAGGAAAAGCGCUGGGUCUGGACAAGGCAAUUCUUCAUAGUAUCGACUGCUGCGCCUCUGAUGACACCAAGAAAAAGAUGUACAGCUCCAUCUUGGUGGUCGGCGGGGGGUUAAUGUUCCACAAGGCUCAGCAGUUUUUGCAACAUCGAAUACUAAAUAAGAUGCCCCCGUCCUUCAGGAGAGUUGUUGAAAAUGUAGAAGUCAUCACGAGACCCAAGGAUAUGGACCCGCGGCUGAUUGCUUGGAAAGGGGGUGCAGUCCUCGCUUGUCUUGACACCACUCAGGAAUUGUGGAUUUACCAACGGGAAUGGCAGAGGUUCGGCGUGCGCAUGCUGCGGGAAAGAGCUGCCUUCGUGUGGUGAUCUGAACCGACCCUUAUGGUUUUUAUAGGCCGUUGUGGACAAUUCCAAUAGUGACUGAUUAUCUCAACAGAACAAAACUUGUGUAAUGUUUCCCAGUCUGUCUACGGUACAGGGACAGGCAUGGAAAUUGUAAAUAGAAAGUUUCAUCACAGAAAAUAUGUAUAAAAAUAAUGUAUUUUUGUACUUAAAAUAUUUUAGUGCUAAAGAAUAAAAUAAAAAUUGUGUAAGAAGCA